UUUCAUUGCCGAUCCUCUCUCUCUCUCUCUCUCUCUAAGCUUUUGAUUUUUCCGAUUCAGAGUUUCCGGCGAGACGAGUCGGAGAACAUAUUUUUCUUCUUCGUUUUCUUUUUCGCACAUCAGAUGUAUGAAGAAAUGCGACAGAGGAGAAUAUAACAGCUUCGCUCGGCCUCAGGUUAAGGAUGUAUAAUUAGAUUGGACGCCGAUGGGGAAGAAAGGAGGCAGCUGGUUCUUCGCUGUGAGGAAAGCUUUCAAACCUUCCCCUCCCAACCUGCCUCAAACUAAGGAGAGUAUUGUGAAGAAAUGUGAAGAACAUGGCGGUCCUGAAGUAGUAACCUUCAAAAGUUUUCUGGCAAAUACUUCUGAAACUGCAGAUUAUGAGAGCACCACAUCCACUCCUUUAACAGCUGAAGAUAGAAACCAUGCCAUUGUCGUUGCUGCCGCCACCGCUGCAGCUGCAGAGGCUGCCGUGGCGGCGGCUCAAGCGGCAGCAAAAGUUGUUCGAUUGGCUGGCUAUGGGCGCCAGUUCUCCAGGGAAGAAAGAGCUGCAACUGUUAUUCAAUCUUACUAUAGAGGUCACUUGGCUCGAUGUGCAUUGCGUGCAUUAAAGGGUCUAGUGAGGCUACAAGCAUUGGUGCGAGGCUACAACGUACGGAAACAAGCACAAAUGACAAUGCGAUGCAUGCAAGCAUUAGUUCGUGUACAGACUCGAGUUCGUGCUCGUAGGCUUCAAUUAGCGCACGACAAGUUUCAAAGAAAAGUCGAAGGUGCCGAGGAAGAGGACGAAGAAAAAAGAUGGAAACAAAAACACGAGAAGCUGAGGAAUAUUACUCAUAAGAAGAAUGAAAUGGGAGCUCAAAGUUCAGAGAACAAUAGAAAACUUUCUUCAAGGAAACAUGAAGCUGGUCCGGUUUAUGAAGGUGAGGGCCGGCGUACGACACAAUGGGGUUGGAGUUCGCUGGACCGCUGGAUGUCGUCUCAGCCAUACCACGUUCUUGACGACAUGUCGGAGAAGACCGUUGAAAUGAACUUGGACUCCAGCCCAAACUUGGCCCAUGUUCCGAGCUACAUGGCCCCAACUCAAUCGGCGAAGGCCAAGGCCCGGAAUCUGAGUGCAGUUAAGCCACAGAGCCCACUUUUGAGCCCAUCAGCGAGGAAAGGUUGGGCUCCCGACUCGUCGAGUUCUACAGUUAGCCGGGCCCAAUAUGGCCCAACUCCCAAAGGUAAUGUGAAAAACUCUCAGUUACAUGCUAAUGCUAGUAGUAUUACAGGCCACGACCCAGAUUACUAUAGUGGCGAAGAUUGGGCCUUUGCACUUGGAGCCCAUGGUUGGAGAUGAUUUUGUGAAAAUGGGCUGAAAUGGUAGGCCCAUAUUUGUUUGCAGGAUGUUAUUUAUUGGAUUUGGGAGUGAAGUUGAUAAAAACAUAAGACUAAGAUAUUUGGUUGAUUGGUUCAAUA